GGAAAAACACACAUACAGUUGCAUUACAGACAUAAAAACCAAAAUUUGAUAAUCACCAAGGUAAAUUGUUUAUGUGUAUGGAUGAUGUGAUAUGAUUUAAACAUUUGUUGUUUUUCGGGUUACGAGAUAGACAUUUGUUUGUUUUGUUUUGUUUGACAUCGGAUCAUCCAAGUUUCCUUUCCUUAUUCUUCUUUUUCGCUCAAACAAAAAACCUAUUUUUACCUAUCGAUGAUAAUAGGGUGUGUUUCGGUGGUGAUAAGGAAAAAGUGAAAAUUCUUACUUUUGUUUUGUUUUGUCGCAAAAAUAAACAAAAUUUUUUUCUUAUUUUGGUUUCUCCAAUUGAAAAAUAAAAAACUGAUAAUAUGAUGAGUGAAUCAACAACAACAACACAACCAUUGAUAAAUUUGGAUUAUAAUAAUCUUGAUGGUUUAUUAGCAACGGCUAAACCAUCAAUGAUAUCUGAUCCUAUGACCACCACAACCACCAAUGCCUUAUUGGAUUUGAUUUUAUCGACUACGACAAUCAACAAUUUAGAGACAACAACAACAACAACGAUGAUCGAUGAUUCGAUGGCCAAUUUAUCGACAAUAUCAGAUUUGAUUGAAUCAUCGACUACAGCUACACAAUCAUCGACAACAACAACAACAACAAUGUCAACAACAACAACAACGAUAGCCACGACGACUAUUUUGGAUAAUUUCGAUAAUGAAACAGUGGCCAACAUCAUCAAUAAUAAUCAAUCUUUGUCGGAUAAUUCAACAACAACAUCAUUAUUUCCAAUCAGCGGUGGUAGUGAUCUUUUUAAAAAUCUUAAAGAUAAUCUAACUGAAAUAGCUAACAAUGUUUUCGAUGCUGAACAAAAUCUACAGAAUAAAACUGUGGAUUUUUUCAAAAAUGAUCUACCGGAUGGUAUGAAAAAUCUUACUACUGGUAUUGGUUCGAUGUUGGGUAUGAAUAAUAAUCAAGAUGGUCAACAAUCGAAUGAUCAAUCAAUGGCAAUGGCUUAUUAUGGAAUUGCUGUACUGGUUUUACUUGUCGUAUUGAUAAUAGCAUGUUGGGCUGUUUAUCAUUUUAAAUUGCGAAAUCAUUUUGCUAAUAAUAAUGAUAAUAAUCAAAAUAAUAAUAACCGUACACAAGAUGGCGCUGCUAAUAAAAAUCGUUCGAAUGAUUAUCAUCCGGAUAUCGGUGGUGGUGGUGGUGGUGAAAUGAAUGGUAAUCGUAAUAAAUAUCUUGUUCGUGAUGUUGAAAAAGCAAUGACAGCAUUAGGUGCCAUACCGAAAGUUGUCGAUAAUGGUGGUAAAGAUGAUGGUGAAUAUGAUGAUGAUGAUGAUGAACCGAAUGAUAAUGAAAAACAAAAACGUAAACGACAAACAAAUCAAGAUCGAACCGAUCCUGUUGAAAAUGAAGAAUUAUAAACAGAAAAGAAAACAUCCAUCCAUCCAUUUCAUUUCAUCAUUCAAAAAACACUUCCCAGAUAAUCAACCCGGUGAUUUUUUUUCACCCUCCGGUUAGCGGUAAAUUUUCUUCGAACUUAAAAAAAAUAGUAGAAAAUUUCAUAAUUUGUAAAAUCUAAAAUUGUUUUUUCUUUCUUUUCACC